AUGGGCCGCUUGAAACAGAAGGGAAAGGCGGGUGCUGCCAAAGCAUAUAUAACCCGCUCGACGGCAGUGAAGAAACUGCAAUGUUCCUUGGCUGACUUCCGACGACUAUGUAUCCUGAAGGGUAUCUUCCCUCGCGAACCUCGGAGUAGAAAGCGCGCAAACAAGGGCUCGUCGGCACCUACUUCUUUCUACUACACCAAGGACAUUGCGUAUAUUGCGCACGAGCCCGUGCUGAAAAAGCUGAGAGAGCAUAAGGCGUUUGCUAAAAAACUUUCCCGUGCAUUGGGAAGAGGAGAAUGGAGCAGUGCCAAAAGUCUAGAGGAGAACAAGCCGGUGUAUCGUCUGGACCAUAUCAUUAAGGAGAGAUAUCCGACUUUCAUCGACGCUGUCCGGGACAUCGAUGAUGCCCUCUGCAUGAUUUUCCUAUUUGCAUCCCUUCCUUCGAACGAGCGCGUCUCACCCUCCUUGAUUGAGAACUGUUCUCGUCUCGCCUCGGAAUGGCAGCUAUAUGUUAUGCACACCCACGCUCUACGCAAGAUUUUCCUAUCAAUAAAGGGCGUAUACUACCAAGCCGAGGUUCUGGACCAGACAGUAACAUGGCUUGUGCCAUACCAGUUUACCCAAAAUAUUCCCACAGACGUCGAUGUCCGCGUCAUGCUCACGUUCUUGGAGUUAUACCAAACUCUCCUAGGAUUCGUUUUCUUCAAGCUGUACACAGACGCCGGCCUCGUCUAUCCACCUCCUCAAGACGUGGAAAAAGACGAGAGCGGUGCCGGUGUCGGUGCAUUCAAAUUACAGGAAUCGAAACCUGUGCAACCAUUAGCAGCCCCCAAGGCCAAGGAGGUCGAAGUGAACGGCAAACGCGUCUCGAGCAAGGAUGUCAGGCAUACCAUCAAGACCAUUGGAACUGCAUCUGCCGUAGAUGGCGAUGGCGAUGUUGACAUGGAGGCUACGGACUCUGCGGUGCCCGAGGAGGACGAAGAGGAGUUUAUUCCGCAACCGUCAACGUCACAUACCGACGAGACGACCUCACUACCUACCCUCAAGACGCUCUCCGCCCUACCACAAUCCACUUCAUCUAGACUAUUUGCCCCAUGCACGUUUUGGCUGUCGCGCGAAACUUCGCGCCCUAUCUUCGAGUUCAUCGUGCGAUCGUUCGGUGGCCGGAUAGGGUGGCCCGCGUCCUCUGGGAGCGGCUCGCCGUUCGACGAGACGGACGAGUCCAUCACUCACGUCAUCAUUGAUCGUCCCGUAGUAGAGAGGCCCGACGAGACAGAAGCUGAAAAGGAGCGAAGACGGUCGCGCAAGUAUGUGCAGCCACAGUGGGUCGCGGAUUGCAUCAAUGCGGGUAAGAUCCUGCUGGAAGAGCCGUACUUGCAGGGGAAAACGCUCCCUCCCCAUCUCAGUCCGUUUGGCGAGCAUGCGGGAGCAUAUGAUCCUACGGUUGGGCUCAGGGAAGAUGUGGACAUGGAAGAUGCCGAGGAGGCUGAAGAAGCUGGGGACGCCGAUGAAGGCGAAUCUAAAGUUAAUGAAGAUCGACCAGAAAAGGUUGCUCUCAAGGCUGCGGCGGUGGCAGAAGAUGAGGUUGCGUUGAGGGCGGCGGAGCUGGAGGCGGAGGCCGCAGGUGUUGACUACGGGACUUUCGAGAAAGAAGCGAAGAAGGCACAGAAGAAAACGAAGCAGGUGAAGGAGGCUGCGGAAGGCGAAGAGGACAUGAACAAGAUGAUGAUGAGCAACAAGCAGAGGAAGCUGUACGAGCGGAUGAAACACGGAGAGAAGAAGCGUGCGGCUGAGCGACAAACUCUGGAGCAGAAGAAGCAAACUAUUGAGAAGGAGAGGAAGAAACGGAACAGGAUACAUUAG